AUUGUCGCCAAAGCCCAAAACUGCAAAAGCCAAACAGCUAUGUCGCUCGUGAUCGGUCCUGAUUUCCAACACAUCCUUCGUAUCCUCAACACGAACGUUGACGGUCGCCGCAAGUCGUGGGUCGCCUUGACGUCGGUGCAGGGUAUCGGUCGCCGCUUCGCGAUCAUGAUCUGCAAGAAGGCCGAAGUGGACAUCCACAAGCGCGCCGGCGAGCUCACGAACGAUGAGAUCGAACGCCUCGUGGCCAUCAUCCAGAACCCGAUGCAGUUCAAGAUCCCCGCGUGGUUCCUCAACCGGAAGAAGGACUUCAAGACGGGCAAGUCGUCGCAGUUGGUGGCCAACGUCUUGCACACCAAGUUGCGUGACGACCUCGAGCGCCUCAAGAAGGUCCGCAUCCAUCGUGGUCUCCGCCACUGGUGGGGCCUCCGCGUCCGUGGCCAGCACACGUGUACCACGGGCCGCCGCGGCCGCACGACCGUCGGUCUCCUCGCCGACAAGGGCAAGAAGUAAAUUGGCGACUAAUUUACGACUCUUACGAGCUGUGGUGCCCAAGGCCAUCUCCCUGGUCCUGGGCGCUGCCUGCCUCGCGUUUUGACUGUUGGGCGAUAACAAAACUUGGCGUUAAAACAAUACAACGUACUGCUUUAACCCACUCGAC